AGCCAUACAAUGCGGACGAGUGCAAGAGGGUACUGCGCUCGCAUAAGCUAAAGGUUGCAAUACUCGACGAUUUUGCGACACAAGUAGAAGGGCCAAGUAAAGAAAAGAAGUCGAAGAAGAGAAAGAAGGAGAAGGAGAUCAAGGAAAAGAAGAAGAAUGCGAACAGAUCCCUCUAUCCACAACCCCUUGUCGAGUUUGCCCAACUACGAACACGUUACGGUAUAUCGAGACGUUUGGCGGAGAACAUAGCAGAGCAAGGGUACAAGCUACCUACUGAAGUUCAGCUUGGCGCUUUACCGUUGCUACUGGGCAGCAAGGGCCGCAAGGUUACUGGCGACGUCGAAGGCUUGUCUGGUGCUGAGUUCAAUGGAGACAUUGAUCUUCUGACAGUAGCACCUACGGGCAGUGGAAAGACAAUGGCGUUCCUGAUACCCAUCAUCGACUCACUACUCGCGGAGAGCAGCACUACGGACAUUAGGGAGGGUCCACGCGCCAUUGUCCUCGCCCCUACUAGAGAGCUUGCGGCGCAGAUUGUCAACGAGGCGAGGAAAUUGGCAAAAGGCACGGCAAUCAAGGCUACACUCAUGAGGAAGGGCAUGCAAGUCGUGCAAGAACCAGAAAAGGAGAUACCUGAGGAUACAGUGGAUGCGGUUGACGCGUCCGAAAAUGACGAAAGUGAUUCUCAAACUGACGACGAAGGGGCGGCAGCACCAAAGAAGAAGCAGGCUAGUCAAAGGGCAGAACUUGUGAAAGCCGCCAUCCUAGUCGCGACGCCGCUUGCUCUGCUCAACGCACUGAAGCGCAGGAACAGCACUGUUGCGAACAUUCCUAGCGCAUCUCAGCUUGUGCUUGAUGAAGCAGACGUCCUCCUCGAUCCCCUCUUCCGCGAACAAACGCUCGCGAUAUGGAAUGCUUGCACAAAUCCCAGGCUUCGAAUUGGUCUAUGGUCAGCGACCAUGGGCUCCAAUAUCGAUAGUCUGACGACAUCUACCCUGAACGACCGCUGGACUGCCCUCUCCGCUUCACAGUCCGACCUUCCUCGGCGACCACCGCUCAUCCGGCUCGUCGUUGGACUCAAAGACUCCGCUAUACCCAAUAUUUCACAUCAAUUAACUUAUGCCGCUACCGAGCAAGGCAAGCUUCUUGGUCUGCGUCAGUUACUCCAUCCGACUUCCGUCUUCACCAACUCGAACCAGCCCACGCUCCGCCCACCGUUCCUAGUCUUUACACAAACGAUACCCCGAGCCAUUGCACUUCACUCAGAGCUCCUCUACGAUAUACCCCCAGAAGCAGGCGGUAGCUCGCGCAUCGCUGUUCUACACGCCGAUCUAUCCUCGUCCGCCCGCGAUAGCAUAAUGACGCGCUUCCGAAAGGGCGAAAUCUGGGUUCUCAUAACCACAGACCUUCUAGCCCGCGGCGUAGACUUCCGCGGUCUAAACGGCGUCGUAAAUUACGACGUACCCACCUCCGCAGCUGGCUACGUCCACCGCGUAGGCCGCACUGGACGUGCCGGUCGUCAAGGCGGUGUCGCAGUCACAUUCUACACACAAGACGAUAUCCCCUAUGUCAAGCUCAUUGCCAACGUUAUCCGCGCUUCUGAGAAGUUAAGGGGACUUGGUGAUGAAGAAGGGAGUGUCAAACAGUGGAUGCUCGAUGCACUGCCUACGCCGAGCAAGAGGGAUAGGCAGCUCCUCAAGAAGAGGGGUGUUGAGGCUAGACGUACGGCAAAGGGGAAGGAUGUGAAGCCAUUAUAACCCGCACUUUUGUGCACUGCUCUUGAGGUUGUUACAAGUCAAUCAAAGUGAUGACGGAAAUUUCGGACUUCACAUCUUUUUUGUAUCUCUCGCUCUAGAAUUCUUGGUGGGCGAUAAUUUUUUUACAAUCUUUGUUGCAGAUCUCAAGGUAUGUUGUGAUUCCAGAA